AUGAGUUCUUACUUUGUAAACUCGUUCUCAGGACGCUAUCCUAAUGCCCCAGACUAUCAGCUGUUAAAUUAUGGGACCAGCAGUUCCAUGAACGGAUCUUAUAGAGAUCCAGGCAACAUGCACGCCGGCUCUUACGGUGGAUACAACUACAAUGGGAUGGAUCUGAGCAUCAGCCGUUCGACCUCCUCCUCCAGCCACUUUGGAACGGUUGGGGAGAGCUCCCGCGCCUUCCCUGCCCAAGCCACGCCAGAAAGCAGGUUUAGACAGGCGUCUAGCUGCUCCUUGUCCUCUCCCGAGUCCCUCCCUUGCACCAGCAGCAGCAGCAAGAACAACAACAGCGGCAGCAACGGCGAGAGCCAUGGAGGCAAAGCUGCCUCGUCUUCCCCCACCGACCAGGCUGCCUCCUCCAGCGCCGCCAACGCCACCAAUUUUACAGAGAUAGACGAAACCAGCGCGUCCUCGGGAACCGAAGAGAGCAGCUCCCAAGUCAACAGCAGCGUCGCCAGAGCCCAGACAGACUCCAUCGCCACGACCACGCCGGCCACAGAAGGGCAGAGCCCACAGAUAUUCCCCUGGAUGCGAAAACUUCACAUUAGCCAUGACAAUAUGACUGGACCGGAUGGUAAACGAGCCCGGACGGCGUACACUCGCUACCAGACCCUGGAACUGGAGAAGGAGUUUCAUUUUAACCGCUACCUCACCCGCCGAAGGCGAAUAGAAAUAGCCCACGCGUUGUGUCUCUCCGAAAGACAGAUAAAAAUCUGGUUCCAAAACAGGCGGAUGAAGUGGAAGAAAGAUAACAAACUCAAAAGUAUGAGUUUAGCGUCUGGUGGGAGCGCCUUUCAGCCAUAAAUUACACCAAGGAGGGCAUAUGAAGGCAUGAGAAGGUGGGGGGGGGGGACAAGCCAGCAAAGUUUAAAACAAAAGAAGCAACAGCCAGUCCUUUGAAAAGUUCCAAGUACGGCCAACUGAAGCACUUUCCAGUCCCAUUGCUGUUGGUUUGGUUUGUUUUGAUUUGUUUUUUGUAAUGGAACAUCUUCCUUGGUACUACGAUCCCAGGACCGCGUCCUUUGCUGCGAUCCCUCCCCCUUAAAUUAAAAAGAAGAAGGAAGUUAUUUCCAGAGGCUUCUUUAAUGAUCUAAGUGUUCUAAAUGUUUGUGUCCGUGCUAUAAUGAUGCUUUCUGGAAAAAGCUAGCAUGUUUGUUUUUAAUUUUUGUCCUUUUAAAAAAAUGUGCGCUCUUUUAAAUGUUAUAACUUAUUUAUAAUGUACUGAGGAAAUGGGAAGAGGGGUUCUUUUUAAAAGUGUAUAGCUUUCGGAGAGACUCCUAUCUCUUCCUUUUUUUCUCGAGUCGGAGCAUCCUGUAUGUGAGGAGAAUUUUAAAACAUCAGCCACAAAAAAAGGUUUUUUUUUUUUUAAAAAAAAAGAAGAUUACAAUAUAUCUAUAUAUAAGCUCAUGUAUCUUUCUGUCUUUGAAAGUGUCCAGUCUGUGAUUCGGUCCAUAUUUCCGGCCUGCCUUGAAUCUCAGGGCAGUUCUGAGACUUUUUUUUUAAUGUGGGUGAAGUUCACUUUAAAAGGGUAUACGAUUGGACCAACCAUAGUAUGUUGAAAAAAUGUUUGUAAAUACUAGACAUAUUUCUGCAGUGACUAAUAGGAAGUUUUAGUGGGCAGGGUGAAUUCCGUGUUCUGUGUAUCUGAAAUGGCAUUCGUCAAGUCUAGCUGCCUGUUUCAUCUUUGCCAAGACGCUUUUCGUAUGCAUUGUAGCCUUAACUUGAAGUCAAAUAAACGUUACUCCUGACAGGAAA